AAUGGAGCAAAGGAAAGGCCGAAGAUUGGUGCUAUUUCCCUUACCAUUGCAAGGCCACAUUAAUCCCAUGUUGGACCUUGCAAAUAUUCUCCAUUCGAGAGGCUUCUCAAUCAUCAUAAUCCACACCACCUUCAACUCUCCCGACCCUUCGAACCACCCUCACUUCACUUUCCGUUUCAUCUCCGAAAACCUACCCAAAGGUCAUCGGACUUGCUGCAAAACCGAUCUCAUUGCUUUCCUUUCGAUGCUCAACACGAAAUGCGGACCGCCUUUCCGCGAUUGCUUGGUGGAUUUGUUGUCGGACACUUCGGAGGAGCCGAUUGCUUGCUUGAUUUCUGAUGCUAUUCUUUACUUCACUCAAGAUGUUGCAAAUGAACUUAAGCUUCCUAGGUUAGUGCGGACUGGUGCUGCCUCUUCCUUUUGUGUUUUCACUGCUUUUCCCCUUCUUUGGGAAAAAGGGUACCUUCCAUUACAAGAUUCUAAACUAGAGGAGCCAGUGGUUGAGCUUCCACCAUUAAGAGUUAAAGACCUCCCAUCGAUCCACACAAACGACCCGCAAGAUCUUUACAAGGUGGUGACUUCAAUGGUGAAUCAAAGCAAAUCAUCUUUUGGGAUGAUUUGGAACACUUUCCAAGAAUUAGAAAGAACUUCCUUGGAAACACUUCACCAACAGCUUGGGGUUCCACUUUUCCCAAUUGGUCCAUUUCAUAAACGCUUUGCACCCACUUCAAGUGGUUCAUCAACACAUGAUGGAACUUGUAUUCCAUGGUUAGAUAAGCAAGUCCCUAGAUCAGUUAUCUACGUUGGGUUUGGAAGUUUAGCCACAAUAAGUGAAACCCACUUUUUGGAGAUAGCUUGGGGCUUAGCUAAUAGUAACCAACCAUUCUUAUGGGUGGUUCGGACCGGUUUAAUCGAUGGUUCGGACGGGCUCGAACCAUUGCCAAACGGGUUCUUGGAAGCAUUGGGUGGAAGGGGACAUAUAGUUAAAUGGGCUCCCCAACAACAAGUGUUGGCGCAUCCAUCUGUGGGAGCUUUUUGGACUCACAAUGGUUGGAAUUCAACUUUGGAGAGUAUAUGUGAAGGGGUCCCAAUGCUUUGCAUGCCUUGCUUCACUGACCAAAGGGUCAAUGCAAGAUAUGUGAGUGAGAUUUGGGGGAUUGGUUUGCAAUUGGAGAAAGGGAUUGAGAGAGGGGAGAUUGAGAGGACAAAAAGGUUGAUGGUGGAGGAGGAAGGGGAAAAUAUAAGGGAGAGAAUGUUGCAUUUGAAGGAAAAAUUGAAUCUAUGCCUAAGUCGAAGUGGUUCUUCGAGACAAUCAUUGGAUGACUUGAUUCAUCACAUUUUGUCCUUAGAAUCACUUACUUUUCAAACUCUUUGAAAAGUUAAUUUAAGUUGAAUUUGUAUUUCUUUCAUUAGAAAUGAUUGAAUAAGCCUACCAAGCUCUAGUCAAUUGAGCUUUAGGAAUUUAGUUACGUUUACCCAAUUUAUAAUGUCAUGCUGAUUCAAAGAUGAUAUGAGGAAAUAGAAUA